UGAUUUGUUUUACUUUUUAUCGACUGUUCACAUGCGCCGGGUUUCUUUUGUUUGACUGAAAAAUGACUGAUAUGUUUGUUAAAGCAAAAUUAAAACGAGAAACUCAACAGGUGGACCAAGAAUUAACUAAGAAACUCGCUGGGAAGCAGUGUAACAUGUGGGACACCAUUGAAGCUGAGUCUGAGGGCACCGCACACGCUUCAGAUAUUCUUGCGCCAAAGAAGCGAUCAGUCUCCUGGAUACCAACCACUGCGGGUUGUCUAAAAAAAUUUAAGAAAUCUGAUGUUGGCAUUGGUGUGGAGCCCAAAACAGAAGUCGCAAAUAAAAUAUGGUCGGAAUUUGGUUACUUGCAGGAUGAGGAUUCCAGUGAAUCCGAGCUGGACCUGGAGGCAUCUCAUGAUACGUCCUCUGAAGCGGGACCUCUUGGGAGUAACAGUAACUCUGAUGAUGACCAAAAGACUGAUUUUUUUCUAUACACACAAUCUAAGACUGCCUGGCGAGUGCCAAUGGUACUUGAAAAAACAAUCAAAAAAUGUGUUUACUUUCCUAAAAAUAAGAACGCUCAAUCAACAAACCGUUUAUGUGUGACGGGAUCCAUUCAAAAGAUCGUCAUUUUCUACAACGAUGAGAAAUCCGCAACCAUAAAAGAGCUCACCGAUGGGCAUGACUGUGGAAUUAAAACUCAGGAAUCGACUAUCCAAUCCAUUAACGAUAAAGAAGCUGGAAUUGAUCCGGAUAAAGAAUAUAAAAUACCAAUUGAUGAUAAAGAGGCUUUGUAUUUGGCCUCUCCAUUCGCUAUUAACGAAGCUCCACUGGAAGAUCAACAAGAUGCGGAGACAAAAGCACUAUCGUCAUCGGAAGCCGAACCACAGCUAUUCAACGAGGAUCUUGGUUCCUGCACCCUGAAGGAUGAAAAGAUUUGCGACAUAAAAGUUCUACCAGAAGCACAGCAGGACUCAGAUGCAGUCUCUAAUCAGGAAAUGGAUGUUAAAGAACCGAAAAAAUUUUUGUCAUCUAAUGCACCAAUAAAGGCCAAAACUAGUCAGUUUCUGUUUUAAAGGUA